UAGAAUGUCAAAGUCGUGCUUUUCUAAAAACAUUUACACUGGAUUCAUAUUUCUCCAUUCCUGUGCAUUGCGUUAUUAUGUGUGUUAAUAUGCAGUGCGUCACAUGCAGGGACGGACUGACCAUUUGGAAACUCGGGCACUGCCCGAGGGCCCGGGGGCCCCAUGAGAUGCCCCUGGUACCUUUUUCAUAGGCUUUUUUGAGUUUGGGCAAGGACACAGGGGCCCCAUGAUCCCCUAUUGCCCGGGGG